AUGUCUCUCACACCAACAUCUCAGGCUCAAACUGGAAGCCAGCAAGCUGACGGCAAACUCACUAGAAAGGCUGGAAGGUCCCGUAACAAUACCUCCUCGUACAUGCUCGAGGUCUUUGCAGUGUCAGCCGAUCCGAUGGAUCCAUUGAUAUUGGGUGUUGUCAAUAAACAGACGAGACAAAUGUCGAGCUCUAUCCUAUUCGCUCAACUUGAUACAAUCACGAAUGUCUUUCAACGCCAGGGUUAA